AUGUUUCGAUCAUUUCCACGACGACUUCCUCGCCAGCUUCCCCUCGCCAGCACCCCGAAACGCCUCGCCCUGCGCUCGUUCACAUGCGGCUAUCCUCGGAUGUCAUUACCGCCCGCCCCUUCGCCGCCAGUGUCCUCCGCACUGCCCGCCGAUGCAUACCAGCUGUUGUCGACAGCAGAGAAGGCUGGCUUGGCAGAGGAUGCGCUCUUUGAGCAACAAGUGCGCGAUGUUGAGGCCUGGUGGAAUUCCUCCCGUUACGAGGGCAUUAAGCGACCUUAUUCGGCCGAAGAUGUUGUGAGCAAGCGUGGCUCGGUGCAGCAGACAUAUCCUAGCUCGUUGAUGGCGCGGAAACUAUUCAAUUUGUUGAACGAGCGAGCUGCGGCUGGAGAGCCAGUUCAUACUAUGGGUGCCAUUGACCCUGUCCAGAUGACCCAACAGGCUCCUAAUCAGGAGAUUUUGUACAUCUCGGGUUGGGCUUGCUCGUCUUUAUUGACAACAACCAACGAGGUCUCGCCGGAUUUUGGAGACUAUCCCUACAAUACGGUCCCGAACCAGGUCCAGCGCCUGUUUAAAGCACAGCAGAUGCACGAUCGGAAACAGUGGGAUGCACGACGCAAGCUAACGCCAGAGCAACGGAAGGAGACACCGUAUGUCGACUACAUGCGACCGAUUGUUGCGGAUGGAGAUACAGGACAUGGUGGCUUAUCUGCGGUUCUGAAGCUAGCCAAGCUCUUCGCAGAGAACGGUGCAGCAGCAGUGCACUUUGAGGACCAACUGCAUGGUGGGAAAAAGUGCGGCCACUUGGCAGGCAAGGUCCUAGUGCCCAUGGGUGAGCACAUCAACCGUCUGGUGGCUGCUCGCUUCCAGUGGGACAUGAUGGGGUGUGAGAACUUGGUGAUCGCCCGUACAGACUCGGAGAGUGGAAAGCUUAUCAGUAGCGCUAUUGAUGUGCGUGAUCAUGAGUUCAUCCUUGGUGUCGCCGAAGACUUGGAGCCACUUGCCGAGACCCUGCAGGCGAUGGAGCGCGAGGGUGCGUCGCCAGCCGAGAUUGAUGCUUUCGAAGUUAAAUGGGUCAAGGACCACAAACUUAUGACCUUUGACGAAGCUGUUGAUGCCCACCUUGAGGCUGAGGGAGCCUCGCAAUCUGCUCGGGAGGCCUACAAGGAGCAUGUUCAGAAGAACCCUGAUCUGUCCAUCUCGCGUCGUCGGGCUCUAGCCAGUGAUUAUAGCAAGUCCCCUGUCAUCUGGUCUUGUGACAGUCCGCGCACUCGUGAAGGAUUCUACCAUUACCGCGCCGGCUUCCCGGCCGCAACUAAGCGUGCCAAGGAAUUUGCUCCUUAUGCGGAUCUCCUUUGGGUCGAGACUGGCGACCCCAAUGUUGAAAAGGCUGCUGAUCUAGCCAGCAAGGUGCGCACAGCCUAUCCGGGCAAGAAGUUGGUCUACAACCUUAGCCCGUCAUUCAACUGGAUGGGACAGGGCUUCGAUGAGGCCUCCCUGAAAUCUUUUAUCUGGGAUAUCGCUAAGCACGGCUUUGUUCUGCAACUGAUCUCCCUGGCUGGUCUCCAUACUAACGCCACCAUCACAACCGAACUUUCUCGCGCUUUCAAGGAUGAGGGUAUGCUUGCCUAUGUGCGCCUUGUCCAAGCUCGUGAGAAGGAGAUGGGCGUUGAGGUUCUCACUCACCAAAAAUGGAGUGGCGCUCCUUAUAUCGAUGGUAUCUUGGGUGCUAUUCAAAGCGGAAGCAGCAGUAGCAAGAGUAUGGGCGAGGGAAAUACGGAAAAGGGAUUCUAA